CGCGCAGACGAAUAUGGGUUGUUGCAGGCCAGCCAUGAAUGUUUGUCUGGUUCGACAAUGAUAAAGUUGGGAAUACUACCUAGUACUGUCUCCAUAGCCGAUGAUCCCACUCUCCCCGUCGUCUACCGCAACCAACCCAUUACUUCUCUUCCUUCCUGAGAUCGGAAAUUCUCACCCUCCGCCGGAUUUUCAGUAUUCACUUUGCCUGCGCCGAAGUCAUCUUUGAUCUUUCAUAGCUCCGUCAUUUAUGGACCGUAUGGAAAUGAUUCAUUCCCCAACUCACGAUCACAGAUCUGGCAGCAGCAAACAUCAUAUGACAGCAGUUCUUCUACAAACCAGCCUCACAAACUUGAACAAGAAACGAAAACUCGAAGCCCAGCAAUUCGGGUUACCUCUUCCGAAGCAUCUAUGCGCCUGCCAAACCUUUCUCAGGAAAUACAGUUCUUUACUUGAGGAUAUCCCAGAGAGUGAACAUGAAACCACUGAAUCUGGGGAAGACAGUAAUACCAUUACAGAAGACUUUGAUAGUGCCAUGUCCAUUGAAACCAAACCCUCCUCGUCUAACUGUCCUUCCACUUCAGAAGCCAGCUUGGAUUCUGGUUGGUCAAGGGAUGCAUUGUACUCAUUGGAGAGCAGGUGUGUGACCAAACCAGAUUUAUACGCCGGAAACGAGUGCGCUUUUCUUGAGCAGGAUUUUGGGUGGCAAUUCGGAGAUCAUCAUCAUCAUCAUGUAGACUGCAUUUGCGCAGAAUGUGAGAAGGAGAAAAUGGGAAGGCCAACCGAACAAGAACUGGAAGACAUGUUAUACUCUAAUGGUGUGAUUCCCAACAGUUUUGUUCUCUCAUCUGGAAGAUGGAAAGUAGGCCAGCAAGAAAGUGAAGAAGGCAAAAAGAAACUAACGAUUGACAAAGAGUUUGAGCAAUACUUUGGUACGCUUAUGCUGCAAUGAUAACUUUCGGACGGGUUGUGUACAUACAUCUGUUCAAUAUCAUGUCUUGCACAAAUAAGAUCGUCCAAUCUGUAACCGAAACUAUAGCUUGGGCAACCUUGUUUACUCUCUUGUUUGAUCAAUAUGAUGUGUUCGGUUGCAUUCUGUAAGUGAUGAAUGUGUUUUUCCUCCAAAGUUUUGUGCCAAACAAUGACCAUAACAACAAACCCAGUAGAUAUGG